AUGGCCCACAAGCGAUCCCUCGAAGCUCUCAACACCACUCUUCAAGACAUUAGAGACUGUCCCGCUACGAUGGGUGGAAUAACUCUCCUCCUGUCUGGCGAUUUCCGACAAACGCUUCCUGUAAUACUCAAGGGAACUAGGCCAGAUGUAGUCAAGGCCUGCCUAAAGUCCUCCCCACUGUGGAAAAAUGUUACAACAUUGUCUCUCAUAACAAACAUGAGAGCGCGGUUUCGUGGUGACCAGAUGGCAUCAGAUAUUGCAUCUGACAUAUUGUUGAUCGGAAACGGUGUUGUUCCGCUCGAUGAAAACGGAGAACUGUCACUAACUCACCUCUGCACCACUGUCAGUAAUUCCGAUGAUCUAGAGGCACGUUUUUCCAAAUCUACAAAGGAACUACCUUGA